AUGGAGAAGGUGAGAAAAAAGGAAGUGCACUUUCCAAAUGAAGCAUGUACCUCAGUGCACAUUUUAAAUGACUGGGAUUUUUCGGUAUACAGAGAGGCUCGCAUAGGACUUUGCUGGCAACGUGCCGCCAUUGACAGUCUUCGAUUCAAGCAACGUAUAGAACAAAUGUGUAAAAUUAUAUCACCAAUCCUCGACGAUGCGCAUAGGCAGCGUAUCGCUAAAGCUAGACAGAAUAUCCGAAGAAAGAUGCUAUCCCUACAUAAAAGAGAAACUGAAACAAAAUCUGUGCUGGAAAAGACAUUUAAGCCCAUUUCACAACCACUAAAGGAACUGAUUCACCGAUUUCCGGCGAGAGAAAACAAUAGCAAUUCUGCAGCUAGAUGUCAAGACAAAAUCAACGGCUGUGACAUUAAUGAAAAAUAUGAUGACGAUGAUGAUGAUGUGGAGAAAAAGAAAAAAAUGAAAAGUAGCAGAAAAAUACAAGAGUUGUGUAUAGCAGAAAAUGCAGCUGGUCAACUGGCGGCUUCGUACUUUAAUAAACCGAUAGACAAAACGCGCGACACCGUGUACGGCGUAAGAUUUGAUCCAUUAUAA